AUGCUCAACCUCAUACUUGCACUUAUACCGGCCGUCGUCGUCGUCGCCCAGAAUCCGUUGACGAAGGCGUGGAACGAGGCGGUGCCGGGCGUUCAGCCGUUCUGGGAGAAGUACCAGACGGGACCGCACGGCAUCGUCAUUCGCGGUUGGCAAUUCUCGCGAUGCGCCAGCGAGCAAUGGACGAACUACGUCGUCAAUGUUUCGAAUAUUGUGAUAUGGCCCGAUUAUCCGCGAUUCCCGGGUCCCAUCUUUUUCAACGUCACAAUGGACGUCAGCGAGGAUUUGCCGAUCGACAAAAUCGAAAUGGAUCUUGAGGUGCGACACGCGGUGACCAACAAGCAGGGCUCGAAGGGCUGGCAGGUGAUCCCGUGCCAGGGAUGGAACAUCAUCGACGGAUGCGACGGCGUCGGCUCGUGCCGCUAUUGCGACAUGCUCGACAAGUGCAACGAGGCGGUCAAAGGGGCGCACAAGUACGUGAAGGAUCGCAAAGCGUUGGACUUCCUCAAGCAGAAUCGAUUGUGUCCGCCGCCGAAGGGCCAUUGGACGAUGACGUUCUCGAAAGUGUUCAGCUCGGAGGAUUUGCCCAAAUCGUUCUUCGGACCACUUCAAUCGAAUGAGUAUUGGCUGACGUUCUCGUUCACCGACGGCAAUGACAAGAAGCUUGGAUGCGCGCGAUUGUGGGUUGACGUGUGCAAGUACCAUUUGCAGGACAAAUCGCAAAAGUGCCUACGCGAUCCGAACGCGUUCAAAAACUUUAUCAAUGAGAUUUCGACGCAGGCUGAGCACAUCAGAUCGCGCAAUAAUGGAUAA